AAUUUCACCCUUUAUAGAGAUACAUACAUAUCCAAAUUAAGUGUAGGUACAGUGAUUCAGCAAUGGCUGCAUAUCUCUGCAUGGUGGCGAUAUUCAUCAUCGGCUCUUUCAGCUGGGUCUUUCCAGAAGCUGCUGCGUCUGCAAGCCAUGGAGCCGUUACACGGCACUACAACCUCAACAUUAGGUUGCAGAAAGUGACCAGACUGUGCCACACGAAGAGCAUGUUGACUGUGAAUGGCAAGUUUCCGGGGCCUCGCAUUGUUGCUAGAGAGGGUGACAGAGUGGUGGUCAAGGUUGUUAAUCAUUCUCCCAACAAUGUCAGCAUCCACUGGCAUGGAAUUCGGCAGCUGCGGAGUGGAUGGUAUGAUGGUCCGGCCUACAUUACUCAGUGCCCCAUCCAAUCCGGCCGGAGCUAUGUGUACAACUUCACCAUUACUGGCCAAAGAGGAACUCUCCUCUGGCAUGCCCACAUCUCCUGGCUCAGAGCCACCAUCUACGGGCCCAUUGUCAUCCUCCCCAAGCUCAAUGCCUCGUACCCUUUCCCUAAGCCCCACAAGGAAGUCCCCAUCCUCUUCGGGGAGUGGUGGAAUGCUGAUACAGAGGCAGUGAUUAACCAGUCUCUUCAAACUGGAGCCGGCCCCAACGUCUCGGAUGCUUACACCAUCAAUGGACUCCCAGGACCUCUCUACAAUUGUUCUGCAAAUGAAACCUUCAAGCUGAACGUCAAGCCAGGGAAGACGUAUCUCCUUCGCCUCAUCAAUGCUGCACUCAACGAUGAACUCUUCUUCCGAAUCGCAAACCACACCCUCACCGUCGUCGAAGCCGACGCCGUCUACGUCAAACCUUUCCAAACCGACGUCCUCCUCAUCGCCCCCGGCCAAACCACCAACGUUCUCCUCAAAACCCACCCCAACGCCACCAGCGCCUCCUUUCUCAUGGCGGCCCGGCCGUACUUCACCGGCAUGGGUACGUUCGACAACACCACAGUCGCAGGCGUCCUCCAGUACGGAAAGCCGUCGAUGACUUCUUUGAACGUCUCGAUCGGUCUCCCGCUUCCCGCCCUCCCCCCGAUAAACGGCACUGCCUUCGUGGCAAAUUUUUCCGGCCAGUUCCGCAGCUUGGCGAACUCCCAGUUCCCGGCGAACGUUCCACAAACAGUUGAUAAACGAUUCUUCUUCACCGUCGGCCUUGGGAGCAGCCCGUGCCCGAAAAACCAAACUUGCCAGGGGCCAAACGGCACCAAAUUCGCAGCUUCGCUGAACAACAUUUCGUUUGCUCUCCCCAAAACGGCGCUUCUCCAAUCAUACUUCUUCGGAAAAUCCAACGGGAUUUACACCACUGAUUUUCCGUCGACGCCACUGAAUCCGUUCAAUUACACUGGGACGCCUCCAAACAACACGAUGGUGGCCAACGGCACCAAGGUGGUGGUGCUUCCGUUCAACACGACGGUUGAGCUGGUGGUGCAGGACACCAGUAUUUUGGGCGCCGAGAGCCACCCGCUUCAUCUGCAUGGCUAUAAUUUCUUUGUUGUUGGGCAGGGACCUGGGAACUUUGAUCCGAGCAAGGACCCUGCAAAGUUCAAUCUUGUCGACCCCGUAGAGAGAAACACCGUCGGCGUGCCGUCUGGCGGAUGGGUGGCGAUCCGGUUCCGGGCAGACAACCCAGGAGUGUGGUUCAUGCAUUGUCACUUCGAAGUGCAUAUGAGCUGGGGUUUAAGGAUGGCUUGGAUAGUGUUGGAUGGUACCCUCCCCAACCAGAAGCUCCCUCCGCCGCCGUCCGAUCUUCCGGACUGUUGAGUUACUUCUCCGGGCAGCCUAAUUUUAAUAAUUUAUAUAUUAUACUAGCUAGGUACGUACCUACUACCAAUUACGCACAGUUGGUUGGUUUUUGUGUUGGGUACUUUUAAUUUGAUGCGAAGAAACGGAUGAUAUCCGUAGAAAAAGGCGUAGGCAAGCAAAUGUUGGGCGUCGGGCGUCGGGGGGGUUUGCUUUUUCAUUUUGCUUGAAGGAUGAGUUUGUGUACUCCUUGUGUUUCUCUUUUACAAUGAUGUCCUGUCCUCCGGGGGGAGAGUCGGAGUCGUUGUCGUUGUCGUCUAUGAUAUUAUACGAGAGAUCAGAUAUAUUAUGGGCGAUUUUAAAAUAUUUUUAUUAUAUUCAAGAUAAUG